AUGAAGAUCAAUAAGGUGGUGGAUGGUGAGAAAGAAAUAGAAAUGCUACUAGUGACUGCCAAAUGCGCUGAAAUUCCCAGCGUCCCCGGUGACGUUGAGCUUCAGGAAAGGCCAAAAAUAGUUUCGUAUUUUCGACCGGAACCGAAUGAGCAAGUUGUGCUGAAAAAAGAUCUGCCUCCUUUGGAAGAAGACAGAAUCCCCCCAUGUAUGCAGCUUUGA